GCCAAUAGACUUACCCGGAAGAUUUAGAAGGAAGGACGUUUCCUGCAGGGGGAAGUUGCAUGGGCUGAAGGGUGGAAAGGCUUUGUUAGGCUCAAAACAUUAGGAAUACGUGCUGAAUAGGAGCUACUGCUCUUAAUGUGCCCUAAAGUCACUUUGCAGUUACGGCGAUAAAGAGAAUCCAUGCAUAGGCUCAGGUGGCCAUUCUGUACUUAAAGAUGUCAUCCAGCCUUUCCAGUUAUGCCAUACGGAUGGCCCGCCUCAGUGCUCGCAUAUUUGGAGAAGUUGCUCGACCAACUGAUUCGUCAUCAAUGAAAGUCGUGAAACUGCUAAGUGAACCGCCCUAUGCAAAACGGAAGGAAGUUUAUGAUUGGUAUCCACCCCACAAAACCUACUAUGGCCUCAUGAAGAAGCUUCGUUUCUAUGGCCUCUACAGAGAUGAACAUGAAGAUUUCAAAGAGGAGAUGAAACGCUUGAAAAAGCUGCGUGGAAAAGGACCCCCCAAGAAAGGAGAAGGAAAGAGAGCCUUGAAGAAGAAAACAUAGUAUUCUAUGUCCAGUGUAUUUAAUAAAACAGUUGGAACUGA